CGCGCGUAUGACAAGUGAAUGGAGCGAAUGAAAAUUUUUAAGUUUGAGGAUAUAAUUAUAUGCCAAAAGAGAAAUAAAUUCUUUUCAAUAUGGAUAAAAGAAAAUUAAUACUUAAUACAGGCUUGCAUAAAAAUUUGCAACCAGUCAGUCAAUCAUUAGAACGAAACGGUUCUAUUAUUACGAAUAACAAAGAAACAAGUUCUCAUGCAAUCAACAUUGGAAUGCAGGAAAAGUUUGAUUUACUUCAUGAUGGGAAAUUAUCAGAUAUUGAAUCAUCAAAAUUAUUAAAUAGUCAGUCGAAAGUAAAGAAUAAGUCUUUUAUCGAAAAUAAAGAAAUAUAUUUUUGUGGAACUGAGAAAGACAUAUUAAAAAAAGAUAAUUUCGCUGUUGGCAAUAAAUUAUUGAAAACUAAGUCAUUAAUAUCAAAACAGUUUAAUAGCCAAAUAUUAGAGAGUACGUCUGCAAUAAAUCAACAAGACAACAAUCAUUUGUCAGGUGUAUCAAUAAUGAACAGGUCUUUGGAACAUGUUGCUAAUUGUACAGUUGGACGAAAACGUAAAAUUACUUCCUCACCAGAGGAAGCUUCAGAUAGCGAUCUUGACUUUUUGUACAAUGAGUGUACAGCUAUAAAGAAGAAACGGAAUAAAAUUAUAUCUGAUAAAAACUUGCAAUAUGUUGCCCAAGAUAUUAAUCUCAAUCGUGAUUCUACUGAAAAAAGACUUUCUUUGGUUUCUAAAUCAUCUAUUAAAUCAAAUACAAAUUCUAGUAUUUCCCAAAAAAAGCAACAGGAUAAAUAUAAAGAAUCUGUUUCAUCUACAGAGUUAAACAAAUAUAGACUUAAUAAGAAUUUGGAGGAAAGUAGAAUUAAUACCAAGGAAUAUUCAAAAAAUCAGGAUUUCCAUGUACCACCUGUCUUUUCUAACUUUUUGCAAAAAUGUGGUAUUACAAUAUCAAAUAAUGGUAUACAUAUACUUAAUGUUCCUUCAUCCAUUGCCAAAUGGAAGAUGAGGAAUAUAUUAAACUCAAAGCAGUAUCAGAAAAAGGAUAUAAUUGAUUCGAUAGAGGAAUAUAUUAGAAAUGAAGACAGUUUUGAAAAAAUGUUAAAUGAUAUGGAAUUAUCUAUUGAUAAUAGAAGUUUAAGUACUCUAAAUAAAAUAUCUCUGGCAAGAAUAUUACUAGAAGUUACAGAAAUUCAAACAGACAUAUAUAAGAUAUUUAUAUAUAAACUUAAUGAAUCUAUUCUUUUAGUAGAUACUCCAGAAAAAAUAUCUUGGGCUGUACCAUUAUUACAUCAAUUUCGUUUUCUGGAUACUAUAACCAAUGUUGAUAUAGUAACUACAAAUAUAGAACAGUUAUUAGAAACAUGUCCAUCAUGGUUUCAAUAUGAGCUCAUCUUAUUCUUGCCUGAUAUUUUGUCAGAUAUUCAGCAUCAAAAUAUUGCUGAAAUACUAACAAAAAUGUUGGAAGAAAAUUGUGAAUUGACAAAUGUAAUCUUAAACUGCAUUGCCAGUUUUAAUCUUGAUAAAGAAUAUUUAGAAGACUAUAAAAUUAAAGUAUUACAUUUGUUAAAAACAAAUAUGAAAGUAGAAUUUAUACCAAUUGUUAUCAGAUUUCUUCUUAACAAUUAUACAUGUUCCGAUAUUGUCAAACAAAUGUUGCUUAUACUACGUAAUAUAGAAAUGCAACCUCUUGCUGGAGAUAAAGUUGAGGAGUAUUAUAAAAAUCAAGUACAGAUAAUUCAAACAUUAAAGAUGUGUAUGUCAUUAGAUAAAGAUGUGACAUAUGCUGCAAUAAUGGUAGUAAAAGAUAUCAAUAAAAAUCCAAAACCAUUAGAUUUAAUCAUUUUGCUCCUUGUGUUUUCUGGAACAACAAGACAAAAAACUGCAGAAGCCUUAUUGAAACAAAAUAUCCGUUGCGGUUUUUAUAGGAUAAGUUUGCUUCAUACACUUUAUAAUGAUUACAAAGAGGUCAUUCAAGAAUUGCAACCAUCAAUAUUGCAAUUAGCGAGUAAAUUGUUAAAAUCUGAAGAACAUGUGUUUAUUAAUUUUGCAAUUGAAUGGUUUCGAUUGCAAUUUCUCAGUCAGAAAGGAGCAUUAUUUAAACAGCGUGAGAUUAUAGAAAAGAUUAUUCUACUUAUGGGUAAUAAUGAUCAAACUGUUAAACAUGCGAUGACUAUACUUUGUAAAAUGGCAGAGAAUACAAUUGAAAGAGAUUGUUUAGUAUCACAAUCCAAUCAUCUAAGAAUUUUAUUAGAAAAAAUAGAUUGCUUUGGACUUGAAGAAAUUGGCACUUUAAGUGAUUUAUUGCACCAAUUAUGUUUAGUUGACAAUUCUACUUUAGAAUCCUUACGAGAUGACUUAUUUAUUCUAUUGCAAAAACAAUUGUCCACUGCUAAACCACUUACAAAAUGUAAAGGUGUCAUGGGAGCAGUAAUGGCAAUAAAACAUCUAGCAGGAAACACUGAAAAUUGCGAUAAAGCUCUGAAAUUAUUUAAUAAGGUAAUGAAGAGUGUGAAAAAUUGUUCUAAAUCACAACCUUUAUUUUAUGACCAAUUGGCACAAGUAAUUGCAGAAACUGAAACAAUUAAUAUUAAUUUUCUUCAUAAAAUUAGUAACUGUAUCGAAGACGAGUUUGUUAAUACAUAUAUGACAGAUAAACCACAAUCCAGUGAAGAUUUAAUACCUAAAUUUGGACUAAAUAAUGCAGAAGAUGAACCAGAAAAUUAUGUAUUAAAUUUUGGAAACAAAAGAAAUGGUCUGAUUGCGCCGAUAUUGUUUCGACUUCUCAAGACAUGUUGUAUGAAGACCAGCAUGCAUGGAGAAUUGGAAGCUAUAGAUGCUCUUUUAGGCUGUAAAAUGUUAAUGCCACAAAAUUUUGAUAUACCAGAACCUCCGAUAUUAGAUCUUAUUAUAUGCAGUAUUAAUUGGUUUAGGGAAAUAAUUACAGGCUUUGUUACACAAACAGAUCCUUUAUUCGAGCAAGUAUUAAAACGUUUAGACACUUUGAUAUAUUUGCAAGGUGAACUGAACAUGCUAUUACCGUUAUGUGACACUAAUUAUCAACCCUCACCAUGUUACUUUCAUUAUUUUCCAUUACCACAAUUUGUAAAAAUUGAGAAGAAAUCUAGUAAAAAGGGAAAGAAGCCUACAAAAGGAAAUAAAUUGAACAUAUCUAUAAAUAUAGAAGAUGAAUCUAGAGAGAUAAGUUCUACAUUAUGUUCUAAAAAUCCAGCAUAUUUCAGAAAGUUUGAUGCAAAGAUAGCCCAUCUUUUGGAUGUCAAAAUAGAUUCACAGUCAUCAGAAUCUGAGACGAAAGGCAUAUCGAUAAAACAAGUUUGUUUUCUUGUUAGAGAACUUCUAGCAAUAUUCGAAAAUGAACCUUCCGAAUCUUUUGUGAAAGAUUUAAUACACCUAUUACCAAAGAUUUGCUCAAAAUUGGACGAUGUUGUCAGCAGAUUGAGACAAGAUAACACUCAUGAUUUUAGAAAAGCGGCAAAAUUAUUAUUAUGCCUUCUCACUAAAAUUUUCAAUUGGAAAGGAUUUUUGAGUGUCUCAUAUAAUACAUUGCUACGAGAGGGAUUGCGUAGUUUAGCUGGACAAAUUAACGCAGAGAAUACACGAUUACGAUCUUGCAAGGAAUUAGUUGCAGAAUCGUAUAAAUAUUUUGAAUCAUUGUCAGAUAUUGUUACUGAAAUAUCAUUAGCCACUGCUCUUGUCAAUAUGUGUCAAUCUUUAAUGAAACAUUCUGAAACCUAUAUCCAACAACAUAAAAAUAAACAUGCAAAAUUAGCUUACGGAUUUCUUUGCUUGGAAUGGCCUGAAGAUAGAUAUACUGGUCCUCAAUAUAGAUUAUCUAUUAUUCAAUUAUUAAAUAACUGGAUAGAUAAUGAACCAUCGCCAUUAGAUACAGUGACUUCAAUUUUGGAAUGGUUACCAGAUGAAGUCUCCAAUUUUGAAAAUAUCCAAAGCGUUUUAACAAGAAUGCCUUCUCUAAACAGAAUUUCUUUUCAUUUAUUAUAUAAAAAACUCUUUGAUGGUUUAAUUAAAGGUAUCAAUAUAUCAUUGUCAGCAGUUAAUUCAGAUCCAGAAAGAAUAAAAGUAUGGCAUAACAUUGCAUCAAAUGUUCAAAAACUUGUGCAUAUUUGUAAAAUAUUGAAAACAAAUGCUAAUAUACAACUAUUUCUAAGAUAUAUGCCUUCUCUAAUAAGACAGUUUUUAAAUAUUGGUAUGCCAAUACUAGAACAUAAUCUAAAGUAUCAAACAGAUGAUGUAACUAGUAUUCUAAAAAUGAUGCAAGGUGGCACACGAUAUUUACACGCUAUAUGUUGUGAUUGCACAGAAAAAAAGAACUUACCACUGACUAAAUAUGUGCCUGCAGCAAAGUCUAUAUUGGAGAAAUUAAUUUAUAGUGUCAAAGGAAUGCUAGUUCUUAAUGAUAGUGCGACAGCUUUUUGGAUGGGAAAUCUUCUCAAUAAAAAUUUAGAGGGUCGCGAAAUUCUUUCACAGACAUCGUCAGAAGAAACCACAUUAUCAGAAAUUAAUGCAGUUUCUGAAGAAUUAAUAAAUGCAUCAUCUGAAAUUUUAGAUUCUGAUUUAGGCGAAGAUCCAAUAGAAGAAACAGAGAUUGAAGAUAAUGACAUCGAUGAUUUGUAGUUUUUUUGAUAUCUAUAGCUAAACAAUGGAAAUAAAAAUUCAUAGAGUCAUUGAAAAGAUGCUACAAUAUCUUAUGAGUACAAAGAAUUAAUAGGGGAUAGACUAAUAAUAAUCCUUCAUUUAAAAUUAAGAUUAUUAUGCUUAUUCAGAUUAUAUUAUAGAUAGGAUUAUUAUAAGAUUAUUAAAACUGUAAUAAGAUUAUAUAUUAUAAGAUAGCAGUUAAGAAACUAUUAAAGAAUAGAAAACAAAAGAGAAAGCAUAUUUCACAUUUUAUUUAAGCCGGAUCUACAAUAGGUGUAGCAAGUCUCAAUUCAUAAGAAAUUGAUCAAUCAGUCAAAUGUGAGGAGAAAAAUAAUCAAUUGUUAUUAGUAAUUUAUAGCUUAAGGUUUACACACCUAUUGUAGAUCCAGUCUUAGACAUAGAACAAUGGAAUUAUUCUUUAUAUUAUAAAAUUUUAAAUAACCGAAGUUUUAGUUAAACAUUAUAUUAGUUAUAAACAUUAUAUAGAAAUGAUUUAUAUAUAUUUUCCACAAUUAUUUCAAUAAAUGAGAUAAUAUUUUCUUAUAAAUAAAUAACUGUUAUUUUCUUCUUACCUUAAUGAUUAAAAUUAAAUGUGUUACAGAAAAUAGUGAAACAAGUGAUAAACAAUAAUAAACAAAUAGUAAAUAACAAUUUUUAUUAAGAAUAUAAUAUGUAGCACACAUUUUGUGAUACAUGCUCUUGACAGAAUUGGUUAUCGAAAUAUAAUCUAUUUUUUUACUUUCAUUAUUAUUACAUAAUGAUUAUGAUAAAAUAUAUACAGAUUUAUAAUGUUUGAAUAUAUAUUUAUAAUUAAUUUAAAGUUUUCUCACAUGUUUUAAUUUAAAACAUACUUAAUGCAAAUUGUAUUCUGUAAUUUAAUACAUUACAUUUGCAAUGCAUAAUACAUUGCAAUUUUAAAUAGUGUGUGUGUACACAAUAAAAAAAAUUGUUACAUAUAUAGAAUAAUCUAUGAUGUGAUGUUGUACAUGCACAGAUAUAACUUCAAAAAUUAUUUAUACACUUUGCAUCAUUACAAUAGUUUAAUUCAUGACUAUUUGUAUAUCAUUAGCGAUUAUAGACACAGAUUUUAAUUGAAUUUAAAAUAUGACCUACAAUAUAUUUUUAAGUUCACUUCAAAUCUAUAAUUUGACAAAAUAUGGGAUAACAUUUUAUGUUUAAGUUAUACAUGUUGUGCAAUAUAGAAAAAAAAAACAUUUAAGAACACAUAAAAUACAUUAAAUUACAAAUCAAAAUAUAUAUCAGGUUAUAUGUAUACAUUAAAAAAUAUAUCACGUAUAAAAUCAUAAAUACACAGUUUUGUCUUGAAUUUAGAGAAGAAAUUAUUUAAAUUUAAAAUAAAUAGAAAUAAAUAAAUAUAUAUAUAUA